AUGUCUUUAACCGGGGGUAUGAGCGACCCAUUGGAAUUUCAAGGAAACAUCACUGAAGAUGGCCAUGUUACAUUGGAUUUUGAAUUGGAUCCCACGAUUAAUGGAGCAGACCCUACAUCUACUGAACAAGACCCUACUUUGAUUUCUGGUACGACAAGGAAGCCAAGGGUCAAGCUAACUGCGGAAAAGCUACUGUCAAAAAAAGGUCUACCGUAUGUUGUGCAACACGCUCCGAAGAGCUGCCGGAUUAGUAAGAAGAAGUCACCGUAUGAUAAUUUAACAGGGUUUUUGCAGUUCUAUCAGCUAUGGGCGCACGAGUUGUACCCCAAGGCUAAGUUCAAGGACUUUGUCGCGUUGUGUGGGUCUCUUGGAAGGACAGACAGAGAUCUUAGAGAGUACAGGACAAACCUAAUAAGAAAAGAUAUGGGUAUGUUGAUAGAUGAGGAUGUGGACGGGGAUACCCUUCAAGGACAGCGGGAGCCUUCGCCAUCAUCACCACCACCACCACAAUCCUCGCAACCGCCGCAACAGAAUGGCCUUUUUGUGACAGAGGAGGUUGAUUCCCACAACUUUCUUCAAACAAAUCAGUCUGCACCUCAUACUGACCACGGUGACGAUGAUGAUGACGAUGAUGACGUGCUCUACUCUUCGCGUCGGAAAACACGCACAGAUAAUACUAGCUCACAAUUGCCUAGUUCCUCCACCGUAAUACCCACAGCUGAAGAAAUGGAAGAAAUGGAAAGGGCAGCAGAUGGAAUUGCAACGGCAUCGGAUGACGAAAUGGACCUGCUCAGAGAAAUGCAGCAAUAA